AUGACCUACUGCCUCAAGAAGUCCCCCUACUUUGACACACCCAACGGCGUCCCGGUGCCUACCUACACGUGCGACGGCGACGAGUGGGUCAACCUGCCAAUUAACCUCUCGAACAAGGAUCAGACAUACAUCUUCUCCAAGUGCGCUGCCACUAAGAAGGCCGAACCUGCAAAGAAGGCAAAAAAGCAGGCCUUUAACUGCGCCUGCAUCACCUGUGUGAAGGCUGCUGAGGAUGCCAAGGCCAAAGCUGCCAAGUGCCCCUGCGAGACGUGCUUUAAGGCCGCGAAGGCCGCUGAGGCCAAGUGCGCGUGCUCCGCCUGCAAGGCUGCCGAGGCCAAGAAGCCGCGGAGGCCAACUGCCGCCAAGAAGACCUGUGCCUGUGCCGACUGCAAGAAGGCCAAUGAUGCCAAGAAGACCUGUGCUUGCGUCGAGUGCAAGAAGGCCGAGGAGGCCAAGAAGUGCCCCUGCGCCGCCUGUGUGGCCGCUGCAAAGGCCGCCGAUAACGCCAAAAAGUGCCCGUGCGAAUUCUGCAUAAAGGCGGCCAAGGACGCCGAGGAGGCCAAGAAGAAGUGCGCCUGUGCCGAGUGCAAGAAGGCCGCCGAAGAGGCCCAGAAGAAAUGCCCCUGCGCCGAGUGCAAGAAGGCCGAGGACGCAAAGAAGGCCUGCGCAUGUGCCACCUGCGUAAAGGCGGCUGAGGAGGCCAAGGCCAAAGCUGCCAAGUGCCCCUGCGACGCUUGCAAGCCGAAGCCCCCCGCACACGUCGUCAUGUGCAACCCGUCGCCGUUUGCGUCGACGUGGAGCCCCUUCAACAACUACCGCCGUGAAGUUCCCUGCUACAGCGGCAGCUUCUUCAGCAACUUUGCUAACUUGCUGUAA